AUGUCCGACAACGUCGGUCUCUCCACACCACGUGGUAGCGGUACCUCGGGCUAUGUCCAGCGUAACCUCGCCCACUUUAACCGUCCGCGCGACAACUUCCAGUACCCGCCCAAGGACUUUGACAGCCUAAAACACCAACCGCGCCAGCCAGACCAGGGCCUUCUCGAGCAUGACCGCAAGCGCGAAGUCGAAGUUAAGGUGUUCGAAUUGCGCGACAAGUUGGAAGAAGAGGGCGUCGAAGAAGAUGAAAUUGAAACCCGCUGCGGCGAACUCCGCCAGAAACUCCUCGCCGAAAUGGAGCGCAACCAAAACAGCCGCGGCGCGCCUACCGGUCCCCGCAAGAACUUGAAGAUGCACCAGGUCCACGAACUAGCCGACGCCAAGAUCAAGGAGAGCGAGCGGUUGCGCCAGGCGCUCAAGAUUAGCCGGGACUACCAAGAGGGAAGCCACUGGAAGAAGCAGGAGGAGAGGCUGAAGGGCGCGCUUGAUCGCGAGGCAAACGGUGGCAGCAGCAGCAGCAGCAUGGGGCCACCGCCCGCACCAACUGGGCCGUCUGGCAAUCGUGACCGUGGUGGUGAUCGUGAUCGGGGUCGUGGUCGUGGUCAUGGCCGCAGAGAUAGGGACGAGGGCAGGCUGAAUUCUAGUAGGGAACGUCGUGCUCCUCCCAGAGAUUGGGACAGGCCGCCAACUCCGAGGGGAAGGGGUGGGAGAGGCGGAAGAGGAGGAAGGGAGAGGGAGGUUGACAGCUACCGAGGUGCCGCUGGAGGUGGUAGGGACAGGAGCAGGAGCAGAAGUCCCAUCAGGGAAAGGAGUCGCACGAGGAGCCCAGUCAGGGAUAAGAGCCGGUCCAGAAGCCCGAUGAGGGAGAGGAGCCUGAGCAGGAGCCGAAGCCGCAGCAGGAGCUACAGUCGGAGUCGGAGCCCGCCCCCCAGAAGGGCUGGGGGCAACCACGGUCGCAGUCCGAGCAGGAGCAGGAGCAGGAGUUACAGCCGGUCUCCGGAUAGGGACCGGUAUCGGGAGAAGUACAGGGAUCGCGAAGACCGCGAUUAG